GAACGCGAGAGACGCGAGAGACGUGAGCAGUGGGAACGCGAGGAACGCGAGGAACGUGAGGAACGCGAGAAACGCAAGCAGCGAAAACGCGAGAAACGUGAGGACCGCAAGCAGCGAAAACGCGAGAAACGCGAGGACCGCAAGCAGCGAAAACGCGAGAAACGCGAGGACCGCAAGCAGCGAAAACGCGAAAAACAACAAGUUUUAAAUCCAAGUGGAGAAAUGCAAGAAAGGGCAGAACGUGAAUUGGAACCCUUAAACCACCAAUCUAGAUUUGAUCGUAUUCGUGCGAGCGAGACGCACGAAACUCAUCGGAUAAGCCUAACACGUUUUGUCGAUCCACGCGUAAUCUUACAAUUUAGGGAUCGUAUCGAGGAAAUAUUACACAAUCAUCGUUUCGGAGGUAUCAGAUAUCGACUCGUUUUAGGUGUAAAUAUGACGCGAGAGGCAGAGACGGCCAUACCCACCUUUCACUCGGGUAAAUAUAGAGUUUACGAUGGUUUAGAUUUGGAAGGGGAUGUAGAUCGUAUAGUCGUGAUGAUUGAGCGAUGGGGUGAAAACGGAUCGGGAUGGAAUAUAAAUCAUCUCGAGCAUCUCGAUAUAGAGAUCGUUAGGUAUAAUCCCUUGCGCGGUG